AGUGACACACACGUACAUAAAUAAUAACACCCAAUGGAACUGAAGUGAAAGAAACAUCGAACUGGCAACAGUUUUGAGAGCGGUUCCUCCACCUGUCACUUUCAACGGCACCAUGGCUAAGGUAGUAUCUCAAGAGACCUAUGACAGUGUAGUGUUGGAGAACUGCAUUGACUUUGAAUUAUCAUGUGAUGAAGCUCAUGUGGAGGCCCAAAAGGAGUUUGAUGCUCAGGGAGUCCAUCUUGGCAUCAUUGUAAAGGAUGGAAAGCUGAGUGAUGACAAGAAGAGGAUUGAACAUGACAUCCUCAUAGCCUUGGGUCAGUUGAAGACAGCUGUGGCUGCAGCUGAUAAUGGUUCUCCAAGCCUAGAAGAGGUGAAAGAGCCCCUGGCUGCUUUUACCACUGCAUGUAAAGUGUCUGUGGCCCAUCGAGUUCUUGCCAACAACAAUGGUGCAUAUGACACACUCCUCAAACUCGUCAAACAGUGCCAGGGAGACACAACCCUUCUGUGUCCUUCCCUGCAAGCCAUGGUGGCCCUAACAGAGUUUAACCCUGACAUAGUGACUACUGAGGGUUAUAGAGUCUUGCUGCAGCUGCUGGAGGAGUGGAGUAGUCGUCUGGAGGAGCCUGCUGUCCCUGAAUUCCUGGCCCAGUGGUGCAUGCAGUGCUGUGUUAAGCAUGAGGACAACCGCCAGAGCUUGGUGUCCUUGGGUGCAUUAGGUGCACUGGUGUCAGUCCUGCAAGCCCACCGCACCAGCUCCAGGGUGGUGCGAGGGGUGUGCAAAGCCUUGAGAGCAUUCACCUUGGAUGAUGAUGUGCGGCAAGCCUUUGGUAAAGCCCACGAACAUGCACGUCUCUUGGCUGAGGACCACAAUCUCAUUGCAGUUUGUCUGGAGCUGAUCAAAGAGUGGUUAAAUGAUGCAGACACCACUAGUGAGCUCCUCUCCAGUGUGGCAAAGCUGUGUGUACGUGCUGAGUACUGCCAGGAAGCUUUGGACCGUGGGGCACUGCUGGUUAUCAAUGACGUCCUUAUCUCCUUCCCAGACCGUCCAGUUCUGAACAAGCAAGCACUGUCUCUCUUGAAGACACUGGUGGGCAAUGACCGGGUGAAGGAGGUAGCCAUGAAGUCUGGUGUCUCCCAGUUGAUUGUGGCAGCAAUGACCAAACAUCAGACAGAGUGCUCUGUAUGUGAAGAGGCUUGUGGGGCUGUCUCUAUGCUGGCCCUGCGUGUCCCAGCCAAUGCUAAGCAGCUAGUUCAGGAUGGGGCUGGCCAGGCUGUGGUGAAGGUCAUGGAGGCACACCCAAAGGCUAGGCAGCUUCAGAAGCUGGGCUGCAUGGCGAUACGAAACAUGGUAUCUCGACUGCCAGAGAACAAGCGUGUCUUUGUGGAGUAUGGAGUAGAGGGAGUGAUCCACACAGCCCUCAGGAAUCAUGGGGAGGCAGUUAAGGAUGUGGCACGAGCUGCCCUCAGGGACCUGGACCUCAAAGUGGAAUUAGUGGAGCAGUGGAGGGGCACCGGCCAUGAAAUCAGCCGCUGAGUAUACCACCAUCAGUUGCCUGCUCCUGUGGCUGGUAGAUGCUACUGCUGUUGCUGCCACUAGUCCAUGCAGGCUGUCCAUCUCUGGGGUUGCUGUGGAGAAACAACAUGCUUUAGUCUCAAGCUUUCAUACUCAGGAAUAAUGCAGUGGAAUUCUUCAGUGGAUGAUCUUAGGUGACAUUUCUUCUAUACACACUUAACCCUCAGUUACUAUCAUCACAUUAGCUACCUUAAAAAGUCUUAAUCCCCUUUAUUGUUGUCAUAAUAUCAAUAUUACUGUUGAAAGUUUUCUAGAGGAUGAUCACAUCGUGUUUAUUGUGGUUUUAAAAUGAAAACAAGCAGUUGAAAACUGUUGGCUGUAUAAAACACAAUCAUGGUUCACAUAAAAUGUGUUCAGUGCUAAGGAUUAAUAACCAGAUCACUACAUUAGCAGUUUUCCUUCCUCUUGUCUUUACCUAUGUUUUCAUAAUAAUAGUGGCCAUUUCCUUUCAUUUUUUUUAUCUACUUAUUGUCAAAAAGCUAUGCUUCUUUUGUGAGUGUAAGUGCACUUUAUAUUUGGUCUUAGUUUCUUCAUUCCUGAUUUCCCAUAGGUAUAAAUAACCUCUUGCUUCCUUAACUUCCAAAUGUUCUCUUUUUUGGUCUUUUCCUCUUAGCUUCUUGUUUUCUAAGUACAUUUAUCAAAGACAUUCUCCACUAAAACUCAAAGCAUUAUAAAAUGCACAAAUGAUCAGCUGCACAAAUGUUAAUGAUUUGUCAUUAAGAAGGCAAAACUUCCUAUAACAUACUAAAAAACAGAAAUAGUGCUGGGCUCUGAAGAAAGCCUUCUGGUGUUCUAAAAAUUAGUAUUCAUGAAUUUCAAGAAUAUUGCAUCUAAAUGGAUUAUGAUAAGCUUUUGUAUUGGUGUGUUUAUCAUGAUAGCUGUGAUCAUGCUAGAUCAAGAUAUCUCCUGUCAUGAUUAACAAAUACUACAUUUAUUUCUCUAUGGAAAUUACUAUAAUACAGGUUUUUUUUUUCAUAUUUUAUUGUUACAAUGCUUGUUAUGUAUUAUACCUAAUUAAGCUAGGUGACAAUGACAACAAAAUAGGGCAAAAAACAUUAUCCUUUGGGGUACAAGGCGCACCAUUCAGAACAUUGUUAUUCAAUAUGGCUAUCAUUGUUUUAGGUGUUGCAGUGAUACAACUGCACCAAUUAGUGCAAUAACAGAGGGUUGAGUAGCUGGGUACAACACUAAUAUUACAUCUCUUGUAUUAGGUAUGAUGGAUAUAGCAUACCAUAACUUCCACACACAUACCAUUCUUAUGGACUUUAAAAUGCCCUGGAACCUAGUUUUGAUAUAUAUAUAUAUUUUUUUUAUAAAUAGUAAAAAUUAAAGUUCUUGAAUUAUGAAUAGUAAAAAAAAAAAAAAAAAAACUAAAUUGCAUGGUCUGAUGAAUAAGUAAACUCCUCAUGGCUUUCAGUGUCAUUUCCGAGAGGUGGUGGUGGUCACAUUACUCAUGGGUAUUGCUGGGUCCAGUGGUACGGCUGGGACUUUAUUAUGUUACCAUUGAUAUGCUAAUUUUUCAAUAUGUAGAACACAGCCUCUCCUCUACUAAACCUCCUCAUCUUUUCCUCACUGAAACACAGGUGUCUGAAGCAACUGACAGUAGCCCCUUCUCUGUUCCCUCUUACUUUCUCUAUCCUUAUUUUCAAUCCAAAGCUGGAUGUUGCGUCUAUGUGCGCAAUGACUUAACAUGCUCUUGUACUCAUGCUCUUGAAUCUUCUGAGUUUUCCACCAUCUGGCUACAACUACAGUCACUCUCAAACUAAAUUUAUGUGCUGUAUACCUCUCACCCAACACAUAAGAAAUUCUUUGACAUUCAACUUCCAAAGUGGAGCAAAUUCUGACCCUCUUCCCUUUUGCAGAGAUCUCCAUUCUUGGAGACUUCAAUGUUCACCACUAGCUUUGGCUUUUCUCUCUCUUCACUGACUCUCCUGGUGAACUAGCCUUUAACUUUCGAUCCUCCACAGCCUAGGGCAAUUGGUGCAACACCCUACUCAUAUUCCUGACUAUCUUGGAGAUUCAUCCAACAUUCUUAACCUAUUCCUAACCUUUAAUCCUUCUGCUUAUGCUGUUACACAAUCUUCUCUGUUGGGUUCCUCUGAUCACAGUCUCAUAUCUGUAUCUUGUCCUAUCACUCCAGUCCCUCCUCAGGAUCCCCCUAAGUGGAGGUGCCUCUGGCAUUUUGCCUCUGCUUGUUGGGGGGACCUCAGGAGGUAUUUCGCUGAUUUUCCAUGGAAUGACUACUGCUUCCAUGUCAGAGACCUGUCUCUGUUCCAGGCACAUAACAGAGGUGAUAGCGUCUGGCAUUCAUCAUUCUUUUUCUUGACCUAAACCUUCCGAACCUUGUUUUAACACACCUUGUUCUUGUGUUAUACAUGAUAGAGAGUUGGCCCACAAAAGGUACUUAAGCCUUCCAUCACCAAAAUCUCAUGCACUUUAUAUUUCUACCCAGAACCAUGCCAAGUCUGUUCUCCAAAUAGUCAGAAACUCCUUCAUUAAUAGAAUGUCAAAAUCCUUCAAGAUCUAAUUCCCCUCAUGACUUCUGGCACCUAGCCAAAAACUUCUCCAGUAACUUUGCUUCUUCUUCUUUCCCUCCCUUAUUUCAACCAGAUGGCACCACUGUUAUCACAUCUGUCUCUAAAGCUGAACUCUCCAUUCAAACCUUUGCUAAAAAUUCUACCUUGGACGAUUCAGGCCUUGUUCCUCCCUCUCCUCCAUCCUCUGACUACUUCAUGCUACUUAUUAAAAUUCUUUGCAAUGAUUUUCCAUUCAAUCAUUGGCCUAAACCCUUGGAAAUCUUAUGGACUUAAUGGUUCCCUCCUAUUGUUCAUGCUUGCACCUUGCCUAGUCAAACUCUUUCAUCUGUCAGCAUCUACCUUUCCUUCUUGCUGGAAGUUUGCCUACACUAAGCCUGUUCCUAAAAAGCAUGACUUCUGAUCCCUCAAACUACUGUCCUAUUGCUUCAAUUUCCUGGCUAUCUAAAGUUUUUUAAUAUAUCCUCAACUGGAAGAUUCCUAAAACAUCUAUCACUUGACAACCCUCUGUCUGAUUGCCAGUAUGGUUUCCGUCAAGGCUGCUCUACUGAUGAUCUGGCUUUCGUUACUGAGUCUUGGUCACCAUUUUAGGAAUUUUUGGAAAACUUGCUGUUACCUUAGACAUAUCAAAAGCUUUUGAUAGAGUCUGACAGAAAGGUUUGUUUACCAAACUACCCUCCUACAGCUUCUAUCCUUCUCCCUGUAACUUCACCUAAAGUUUCCUUUUUGACCUUUAUUGUUGCUGUGGUAGAUGGUCACUAUUCUUCUCCUAAAUCUAUUAACAGUGGUGUUCUUCAGGGUUCUAUCCUGUCACCCACUCUCUUCCUAUUAUUCAUCAAUGAUCUAAACGAAACAUCUUGUCCUAUCCUCUCCUGCACUGAUGAUGCCACCCUGCACUUUUCCACAUCUUCAUAGACGUUCAACCCUUCAGGAAGUAAAAAGUUAAUGCAAGGAAGCCACAGAAUGCCUGAUUUCUGACCUCUCUAAAAUUUUUGAUUGGGGCAGAGCAAACUUAAAUAUUGCUCAAUGCCUCAAAAACAAUUCCUCCAUCUAUCAACUCGACAACCUUCCAGACAACUAUCCCCUAUUCUUCAAUGACACUCAACUGCCCUCCUCUUCUACAUUGAAUGUCCUCGGUCUGUCUUUUACUUAUAAUCAGAACUAGAAACUUCACAUCUCAUCUCUAGCUAAAAUAGCUUCUAUGAAGUUAGGUGUUCUGAGACAACUCCCAGUUUUUCUCACCCUUCCAGCUGCUAACUCUGUAAAGGGGCCUUAUCCAUCCAUUUAUGGAGUAUGCUUCACAUGUCUGGGGGGCUCCACUCAUACUUCUCUUCUGGACAGGGUGGAAUCAAAAGCUUUUCAUCUCAUCAACUCCUCUCCUGACUGUCUUCAGCCUCUUUCUCAUUGCCGCAAUAUUGCAUGUCUUGCUAUCUUCUACCACUAUUUUCAUGCUAACUGCUCUUCUGAUCAUGCUAACUGCAUGCCUCCCCUCCUCCCGCAGCCUUGCUGCACAACACUUUAUUCUUUCACCCCUAUUCUGUCCACCUCUCUAAUGCAUUAGUCAACCAGUAUUCUCAAUCAUUCAUCCCUUUCUCUGGUAAAGUUGAACUCUGUGCCUGCUUCUGUAAUUCCACCUUCCUAUGACAAACACCUUCAAGAGGGAGGUUUCAAGAUGCUUAUCCUUCAAUUUUUGACAACUGCUAUGGAUUUUUUUUUUUUGGGGGGGCGCCCAGUGUCCCUCCUACACUAAAUUAAAAUAAAAAAAAUAUAUUGUGCAGCUUUGCACCAGGCUAAUAUUUCCUAGAUCUGCAACAGUUGGUAGUGCAGAGAAUAAUACUGAGUAUUCAAACUCAAUAUGAAUUAUGAAAUAUAUUUAAUGAAUUAGAUAUUUAAAAAUUAUUCCUCUAUAAGAAAUUACUAUACAACUUACAGUUUGACUCUUGAGGAAUAAUAAAGUGGUUGGAAGCUGACACAAGCAGUUAGAGCAUUACUACAAAUCACCAGUUAGGAUGGCAAAAUUGUCUGCAGAGACAAUAACAUAACCCCUGAAGAAAACUAAGCAUCAUGAGGUAUUACUGAAGUACUGAUAUGACUACUAUUCCUUUCUGAUGGAGACUAGUAAUAUGAACAUCACAUAGUGGAAUGGUUAUAUCCAAGCAACAUUUAAAACUUGUGUGACUGUAGCUAGCUAUUGUGGAACAGUGGAAUUGUAAAAGUUGCUGAAUAGAAAGGUGUCAUAUUUGCUUUCCCUUCUCCUUGCCACAGCAAAUAAUGGCAGUUAAAAUCUAGACAGAAUAUUUAAAAAUAAAGAAUUUUUUGAAGAAUUACCUUACAAGAUAUGUUGGUUAAAUAGUCAAUUCAGUUGCACAAAAAAAAAAAUAAAUAAAUAAAAUAGUAAUGUAUUGUUCAUAGAGAUUCAUGGCUCCAGCUCAGUUGAAAGCCACAUUCAUGAUGGGACCAGUGAUAGCUCAAUAGCUAACCUUCCACUUUUAUUCCACUUUCUGAUUAAAGGUUAGUUAAUAUGCUUCAUGUCAGAACAAGUUCCUGUGGUUUGAAAUUUACAUGGUGCUGUAAGCACAUGAAUAGGUAUGACAGAUGGGAAAGUGUGACAGUUGUGUGUGUGCAACGUUACCAUGUUUUUCUAAUGAAAUUAAAUUUUGGUAGUUAAUCUCUCCUGAAUUAAGUGUCUUGCACCUUGUUUCUCAAGUUUCUCAAUAUAGGAAUACAAGAAAACUUUGUAACUCAAAAGGUGAUAGAAAAAAAUAAAUAAAUAUGACAGGAAACUUAUCUUGGGCAAAUAUGAUUCAAUUCACUGACUUCUCUCCAUGUAUCUUAGUUUAUAAGCACAUCUUGCUAUGUGGUAAACUUGUGAUAUUUCAGUGCUUGCAGCAGUGGGAGUAGUGUCUGUAAUCAACAAUUUGUUGAAUCACUUGGAUUAACUUGUAAGAAAUUCAAACUGGUAUGGUUAUGGCCACAAAACUAGUUUUUUUUUUUUAAAUCAAGAGUAAUGAUAAAGGAAACUGGGCAUACUCAGAAAAUGAAAUAAAAGUUAGGGUGAAUGUGUAAUUAAAAUGGGUUAUUUAUAAAUCAGAGAAGUAAUCAUCUGUCACAGAUACAUGGUUAGGAGGUCCACUGAUGAGCACGAGAUUGUUUGGAACUAAUAGUUUGCUCUAGCUCAAAUUCUUUACACUGUAUGUCUGAAAUUACAGUGGGCUAAAAUUGGCAGUCAUAAAUUGAGUUGUGAAAGUUCAAGUGUUACACAUUAUGGUGGAGAUUACUAUAUCCGUUUAAUUAUUACAAAACCUUUACCCUCUAUUUUUUUCCUUUGUCCUCCUGUUUCCCAACACUCCCAUUCUGUAGCCAACCAAAUUUAUUAAUUCACAUCUUGCUCUUUGUUAUUCAAUGCCCUGCUCCUUACUCCUAAAGUCACAUGAAAUUCAGAAUUUUUAAUUUUCACUUAUGUUGUGAUUAGUCAAGUGAUGUGCAUUAAUAUACUAUGACUUGUGCUUGUGCCUUGUUUUAGGAAUUAGAAUGAAAGGGCUGUGAAGACAGUUUUGAAGUACCUAUAUUUCCCAUUCACUUCUCAUAUUAAUCUUGUCAUUUCUUUAAACUCACUGUUGAGGUCAUUGAAUUUGGUUAGUGAUAUAUGGGUAGUAAUUGAAGGAACAAAUCUGCUGAUCUAAACCAAGGAGCAGAUGGGAUCAGAUCAGAUGGGUGUUUUAUGCAGUGUUGGGUACAUUUCAAUCCCUGUGGUGCUUGAGUGGCAUGAUGGCUCAGGUGAUGGUGCUUUCAAGGUUAGUGAUGAAAGAAAUUAACAUAUGGGUUUUAGAUAAAACAUAAGAUUAAUUUAUUACUUAACAAUCCAUUUUGAUAAAACAUAAGAUUAAUUUAUUACUUAACAAUCCAUUUUAGUCAUCAAGCUUUAACUAUGUUAAGCAACAGCUUGUUCAGUUUUCAAUGUUAAGAAAUAAACAGCCCUCACCUAUCUGGUCACUUAUUUGAUGAACAAAAUUUUUGGUGUUUUAUGAGAUGCAUUUCAUUAAACCUUGUACAAUGAUUGACUGUUUAGCAGUUUUUAAAUAUCAAUUAACCCUUUUACUGUUGUGUACUUUUAUUGCUUUUGUACAGCAAGCCUAUGUCAGUGUAUACAGGGUGGUGUCAAACAAAAUGAUAUGGAAUGUGAAUUAGAUGCUGUAGCUUUUGUUGCAAUGUAUUAUCAAGUCAAUGAGAGGGAUACAUCAGAUUAAGGGUUACCAGAAAAAUCAGUCUACCAAGCAUAACUCACCUUAUGUUGAAUGGUCUAAGUUACAGGUUAAGGCUUUCACACUUUGUAAGGGAUAUUGUAUUAACAAAUUGCUAACUAAUUAAUGACCAUGUUUCUCUAAUAUUACAUGCACUGUUAUGAAUCUAGUUGGUCAGGGCAGAAGGGCUUGCCAAACUGGUUUCCUUUUCAGGCAUGAGAAAAAAAAUUACUAGAGACAGCACAGGUACAUGGUCUUGGAAAAAGGAGCAUGUGAUAUGUACUUAAAGGUGCACAAAGAUAGUAUUACAAUGUUCUGCCUUGAGAAGGUUGUUGAGAACAGAGAAGCAGUGGUGUGAUUAAUUUAGAGAGGCAUGGUAUUGCAGUGUGCUGCACUACCUGCCAUUGCCAUUUCUUAUUGGAAGUAACUUUUGUUUGUUUCCAGUAUGUAUUUUGUGAACUCCAGUCCUAUUUUGUUAUUCAUUAUAAACUAUUUUCUUGCAUUUACUAAUUGCAACUCCUUAAUCAGAUUAAGAAUGGCAAUAUGAGUUGAUCUGUAGUACACCAGAUUUAUAGACAUUGCACUCUUCUUAGUAAUCAAUCUUUGCACCAUAUCUCAAAGGAUAAUUUCAAUUGUUUUGCAUUUAACAGUCAGUAUUGCAAGUUUGCAAGAACUUUGUUUGCUGCCCUGUAAGGUAUUAGUAGAUAUUUUACAGAGAUAAAUACUCAACUUUCCCCUAUCACAGGCAGGUAGCUUUAAUAGUGUAUGUACUUUUGUAUUGCUUUUAAAAAAUAAAUUUUUUACAAGUAA